AUGCCUUUAGGAGAACAGAACAGUAUGCGUCUCAUGGUCGCAUUGGGUAUAGCUGGUCUGUUUGGAAUAAUUACUUUUGCUCUUGCAGCUGCAACACUUGGUACGCUCAGCAAACGAUUCAAUGAUCUUAAUCAACAAGUAUAUGAAUUGCAAGAACUAAUGUCUAAUAUUAGUCAGCAAUUAUUUAAUACCACUACAAUAACGUCAACCUUGCUUUCGACUACAAUUGACAGUACAAAUGCAACUGAUACUUCGAUUGCAAGUACAACAAUGAUAUCUAUAAGUGAUACUUCGACAGCAACUGGAACAACGGUUUCUAUAAAUAAUACUUCGAUAGCAAGGGAAACCACAGCCUCUACAAGUGAUACUUCGAUAGCAAGUAAAAUAAUGACAUCAAUAAGUGAUAUUUCGACAACAGAUGAUACUUCAAUAGCAACUGGAACAACGAUGGCUAUAAUUAAUGAUACUUCGGCAACAGAUCAAACGAUAGUUGUUAGUGACACUUCGACUACACAAUAA